AUGGCUUCCACACCAGUCAACGGAGCAGCUGGAGUGCACGGCGCCCAGCUUCAGCACAGACUGCUAGAUGAGGUAGUUCGAACACCAGAUCGACGCCCGUCCCCUCUGCCCACACAUUUGAGCGUCUCUGGCUCAGGGACCGGCACACCGCGAGUCAUCCCUCAAGAAGGCUCAGGUGGCUCUGGAUAUGUGGCGCCCGUAUUCGAGGGUAAGGAGCAGCAGAUGGAAUCUGUUAUGGACCGCGUUGAGGAACAGGGCUUCAUUCCACCAGAACUUGUUGAGCAAGAAGUAAACUGGUUCUACUACGAGUUGGGCAUAGAUGACAUGUACUUUGCUACUGAGACGGUGGAAGUGGUCGCGAAGCAUAUCCACUCGCUGUAUGGCGCGAAGGUAGCGGCUUACGCCAGGGACGACAAGCGCCUCGAGAUCCGGCUAGAUAAGGAAGCUGAAGAUCACGCCGUAUAUAUCGACACCAGCAAGCCGGGAAUAUCAGUUCUUGACGGACCAAAGUACGAACAACGCAUUGGCGAGAAAUACCUACAUGGCUCAAGCAGCGCUGCAAGGUACCGCGUCGAGAGUUUCCGCUCGGCCAGUCCAUUGCCGGGCAGCGAUGAGCAGCAGGUACGAUGCUACUUCGUCUACAAAUGCGAGUUCGUGGACCCCAACCCUGGUGAGACUGAGACAAACAUCGAGAAGAUUGGCGACAAGCGAUUCUUGCAAAAGGCCACCCCAAACACCAAGAGCAUCUACCAACAAGCCCUGGAGGUUGCUGUUGAGCGUACUGGUCCAGUGAUCGAAUACUUCAGCAUAGAAGGCUCGAGAGAUAAACGCUUGGUCAUUGCAUACAAGCAAGGGUCUGCCUUGGGGCUAUUCAGUGCGCUGAGCCAUCUCUACCACUACUACGGCCUAACGACAUCACGAAAAUACGUUGAACAAUUCUCCAACGGAUACACUGUCAUGUCUCUGUAUCUGAGCAGCUUGCCUGGAGCUGCGGGGGCAAAAUACCCCAUAAUCGAGUCGUCCAUCCAUCAAAUCAUGAAGGAGGUCUCGUUGCUCUACUGCAUUCCUCAAAACAAGUUUCAGGCUCUGUUCGCUACAGGUAGGCUAAGUUUGCAAGAGACCAUCUACGCGCACUGCGUGUGGGUAUUUGUCACUCACUUCCUCAACCGUCUUGGUAGCGAGUACACUGCUCUGGCGUCGAUUCUCGAUGUCGAGAACAGCGCACAUGCAGAGCUACUUGCGAAGUUGAAGCGAAGGCUACGUGCCGAGACUUUCACCGCCGACUACAUCUGGGAGAUUAUCAACCAAUAUCCGGAUCUAGUUCACCAGUUGUACUUGUCGUUUGCGAACACCCACUAUGUGCAACGCAGGGGCGAUAACGACGAUUUUCUUCCGACUCUGAGUUUCCUUCGUCUCAAGAUUGACAAGGUCCAAACUUCCGAUGAACUUACCGACAGCAUUAACAAGGCUGUUGUUAACGAGCAUCACGAGACGGUCAUGAACUCUUUCCGUAUAUUCAAUAGCUGCGUUCUCAAGACCAACUUCUACACACCGACAAAGGUCGCAAUCAGCUUCCGCUUGAACCCCACUUUCCUCCCUCCCUCGGAAUACCAACAGCCGCUGUACGGAAUGUUCCUUGUUAUUGGCUCGGAGUUCCGUGGCUUUCAUCUGCGCUUCCGCGACAUCGCUCGUGGUGGUAUUCGUAUUGUCAAGUCUAGGACCCAGGAAGCCUACUCAAUCAACGCCCGAUCGUUGUUCGACGAGAAUUACAAUCUUGCCAACACGCAGCAGCGCAAGAACAAGGACAUUCCCGAAGGAGGCUCAAAGGGUGUUGUACUUCUGGAUUUUCACCACCAAGAGAAGGCCCGUGGUGCUUUUGAGAAGUACAUAGAUUCCAUCCUCGAUCUUCUUUUGCCUCCUAGCAGCCCGGGAAUCAAGGAUCCUAUCGUCGAUCUGCAUGGAAAGGAAGAAAUUCUUUUCAUGGGCCCAGACGAGAACACCGCUGACCUCGUUGAUUGGGCCACUGAGCACGCUCGAGUCCGAGGUGCACCAUGGUGGAAGUCAUUCUUCACUGGUAAGAGCCCCAAGCUGGGAGGUAUUCCGCAUGAUCGCUAUGGAAUGACAACCUUGUCUGUCCGAGAAUAUGUCCUGGGUAUUUACCGCAAGCUCAACCUCGACCCGAGCAAGGUCCGUAAACUGCAAACCGGAGGUCCCGAUGGCGAUCUUGGAUCGAACGAGAUUCUACUCAGCAACGAGAAGUACGUUUCCAUUGUCGAUGGCUCUGGCGUACUUGUUGAUACAAACGGAAUCGAUCAUGAGGAGCUUCUGCGAUUGGCAAAGAACCGCUUGAUGAUCAACAGCUUCGACGCUUCCAAGCUUUCGUCCCAAGGCUAUCGUGUGCUGGUCGAUGAUGUCAAUGUCAAGUUACCUAGUGGAGAAACUGUCUUCAACGGUACCACCUUCCGCAACCUCUUCCAUCUCCGCUCAGACAUCAAGUACGAUACUUUUGUGCCUUGUGGUGGUCGACCUGAGUCCAUCGAUCUGGGUACCGCUAACAAACUCAUUGUGGACGGCAAGUCUGUCAUUCCGUAUAUUAUCGAAGGAGCGAACUUGUUCAUUACCCAGGAUGCUAAGCUUCGUCUUGAGAAGGCUGGCUGCAUCCUGUACAAGGAUGCCUCAGCCAACAAGGGUGGUGUGACGUCUUCGUCGCUCGAAGUGUUGGCAUCUCUGUCCUUCGACGACGAGAGCUUCAUUGAGCACAUGUGCGUCCGUGAGGAUGGAACUGUUCCCGAGUUCUACAAUAAGUACGUCCAGCAAGUCCAGAAGACAAUCCAAAACAACGCUCGUCUUGAGUUCGAAGCUAUUUGGAGAGAACACCAGGCCACUGGUCAGCCCCGAAGCAUUCUGAGUGACGUUCUCAGCAAUGCAAUUACCAAGCUGGACGAGGAGUUGCAGAGCACGGAUCUAUGGAACAAUGUCGAGUUUAGGAAGUCGGUCCUUAGCGAAGCAUUGCCCAACUUGCUCCUUGAGCAAAUUGGUCUGGAUAAACUGAUGGCGAGGGUACCGGAGAACUAUCUUCGUGCUAUCUUCGGAAGCUAUCUUGCCAGCCGAUUCGUAUACGAGUACGGUGUCUCGGUCAGCCAAUUCGCGUUCUUUGACUUCAUGAGCAAGCGAAUGGCGAAGAACCACAAGGCUUCAUCGCAGUAG